CUAAGAGAAGGAAGAAUAUGGCUGUGAUGUUAAAGAAAAAGGAAGGACAAGGGGAACCGUGUCCUUGGGGCUCAUUCAUUUCAAUGGAAGAUGAUGACACAAAAGUCACAGCAAUUUCUAUUUUGGGAUCCAUGCCAAGCAAAUCACCUAUACGUCCUGCAACGGCAAAGAUAAUCAAUGAUUAUAUAAAAUAUCAAUUAAGGAAGGAAGUUAGAAAGUUUGGUCGAAAGUUUGAACAAAUCUUCAUUUUGCUUGAAGAAGUGCAAGGACCUCCAGAAGUCAGGAAACAGUUUGUUGAAUUUACCAUCAAGGAAGCUGCCAGAUUUAAAAGACAAGUCUUAAUUCAGGAACUUGAGAAGGUACUAAAUAAAUUCCCACCAUCUUCUCAACAAACAUAAUGGCAUGAGAAACAUAAAUACCAGUGAGAAAGAACAAGUUUGCUGUGGACUGGAAUGGAAUCAGUUAUUGUUGAAGCUUCCUAACAUGGCAGUCAAGAGGUGUUGC